ACGUUGAACAUCUUCGUGCAGAACUAUGUAAAUUGCUCCUACGUUUGGGCUUGAGCUUGAAUGCUAGGAUCUACUAGAAUAUAGGUGAAAGACCUAUCGAUUACAUCCAAAUUCUAUCAACCACUAUUGCAACAAUGGCUAAGUUGGUCAAAAAGUCGAAACCAGAUAGUGGUAUGCCUGCUAUACUGCCAAUCAAGGGCAAUUCUGCUCCAAAUACCCUCAUGUACUCGUCGACAAGGAACGUCGCAAUACCUAGAGCUACCACUGUCUCAUCAUCCGAGGAACCAGGGAAACGUAUCUCCAAUACGAUGCAAAUUGCAUUAGCCUCAGCUACUUCAUCCAGUGUAUCUUAUUUGUCGUCAACGCCUGCAUUGACCUCAGCCCCAUCUCUUGACUUAAACACAUCCACAAAGACGAAACCGUUGAAUCUAUACCCUCAUUCCAAAUCAGUCCAUUAUUGGGCCGCUCGUGCGUUGACGGCAGAAACUUUAUUGGCAGCAGGGAUAGAGCAUUCCGAGAAUUUGCAGAAUGUUACUGUCAGUCAAGAAACGAAGAAAGCUACCGAAAUCGCUCAGUUGACCAAGUUGUACGAUGAAAGGUUGGCGAAGUUAGAGAAGUUACUAAUCACUCUCCUUGGUGUCCUUUUCACGAUCACCUUCCUGACCUUCUUCUCACAACUUACAUUGAUCCACGGAGGACGAAAAGAUACUAGCACACGGAGUCAGUGGGCACAUUUCACAAUUCCGAUCUUGUCGCCGUUUGCGUCUGUAGUCGAACACGAAGUAUCCGUCGUAGGAUCGAAAACUAUAAUUGGUCUUGGUCUCGUAAUAUCUGGUUUGGCGUAUCUUCUUUUGCGGCAUGAUGGUCGAAACCGUCCAUAAAAAGAUUGUCUUGUCAGAUACAGUACUUUGAUUCCCUUGCUCCCUUCGGCUCGCAGUGAAUCUCUAUAUGUCAGUCAACAUUCUUUCGGCAUAGACGUCGACCUGAUGAUCUAUAGUGUCAAUGAUAUCUUGAAAAUAU